GGAUGGAAGCCGUGGGUUUUCUGUGUUUGGCCGCUGCGGUCGUAGCGUGGGGCUUCCUCUGGGUUUGGGAUUCCUGGGAAAGAGUGAAAAGUCAGGAACCGGCUGGCGUCCCGGGAGAUGGAAGCAAGACCCUCCUGGUGAUCGCGCACCCCGACGAUGAAGCCAUGUUCUUUGCUCCCACUUUGCUAGGCUUGGCCCGCCUGAGGCACCGGCUGUCUUUGCUCUGCUUCUCUGCAGGAAAUUACUACAAUCAAGGGGAGAUACGUAAGAAAGAACUUUUGCAGAGCUGUGAUGUUUUGGGGAUUCCACGUUCCAGUAUAAUGAUUAUUGAUAACAGGGACUUCCCAGAUGACCCAGGUGUGCAGUGGGACACAGAGCGUGUGGCUGGCACCCUCCUCCAGCACGUAGAAGCAAACAGCAUCAACCUGGUGGUGACGUUUGAUGCAGGGGGAGUCAGUGGUCACCGCAAUCAUGUUGCUCUGUAUGCAGCUGUGAGGACCCUCCACUCAGAAGGGAAGUUACCUGAAGGGUGCUCGGUGCUCACGCUUCAGUCAGUGAAUGUGUUGCGCAAGUACAUCUCCCUUCUGGACCUGCCCUUUUCUCUGCUUCAUACCCGGGAUGUCCUCUUCGUGCUCACCAGCAAAGAAGUGGCACAGGCCAAGAGAGCCAUGUCCUGCCACCACAGCCAGCUGCUCUGGUUCCGCCGCCUCUACGUGCUCUUCUCCAGGUACAUGAGAAUCAACUCCCUGCACUUCCUCUGAAGCCUGGAGGGGUCUUCAGGCUAAGGAACACAGGGAGAAGCAAAGACCAGAACGCCUGGGCCCAGGCCUUGAGCUGGCGGAUCAGCCUGAACUGAAGGAGAACCCCAUGGCGGGAGCCUUCCAGAGCUCUGCGGGUCCGCGCUGAGAAGCUCUAACUCGAGG